AAAGGGGACAGCCAGGACCGGUGUUGGGUGUCAGGGAACAGACGGAGCGGGCUGCGUGGCUUCGGCCAAGGAAAGUAAAUAAAGCAAGGAGGUUUGUUUGGGUGGAGAGUUGCCUAGGGAAGCGGAGCACUUAAGAGCCUCUUUUCACCCCUCUCCGGCCUCCUCUACAGUGGUGAGAUCACAGCCCCUUUGAGCGAGUCCUCCCUCCUCUCACCCCUCCCGCUCCCUGUCUCCCUCAGCCUGGAGGAUCCCCAGGCGCAGAGGGCUGAGAAUGAGGUGAUUGCGGAAGAUGAAGAAAUAGCCCUGGGGGCCCGUGGAAAAUGAGGCCAUCGUCCCUGUUGCAGCUGGUGCUGCUGCUCGCCCUGCCCAGGAACCUGGGGGGAAAGGGGUGUCUGUCUCCACCCUGCGAGUGUCACCAGGAGGACGACUUCAGAGUCACCUGCAAGGAUAUCCACCGCAUCCCCAGCUUACCGCCCAGUACGCAGACCCUGAAACUUAUCGAGACUCAUCUGAAAACCAUUCCCAGUCAUGCAUUUUCAAAUCUGCCCAAUGUUUCCAGGAUCUACUUAUCUAUAGACGCAACUCUGCAGCGGCUAGAAUCACAUUCCUUCUUCAAUUUGAGUAAAAUGACUCACAUCAGGAUUAAGGAUGUUAAGAGCCUCACAUACUUCCCCAACAAAGAAAAACAGCCCGACUCCAUAAAAGAAAUGCCUAUAUUAAAAUGGUUUGGCAUUUUCAACACUGGACUUAGAAUAUUCCCUGACCUGACCAAAGUUUAUUCCACUGAUGUAUUCUUUAUACUUGAAAUUACAGACAAUCCUUACAUGACUACAAUCCCUGUGAAUGCUUUUCAGGGACUGUGCAAUGAAACGUUGACACUGAAACUGUACAACAAUGGCUUUACUUCAAUCCAAGGACUUGCUUUCAAUGGGACAAAGCUGGAUGCUGUUUAUCUAAACAAGAAUAAAUACUUGACAGUUAUUGACAAAGAUGCAUUCGGAGGAGUAUACAGUGGACCAACCUUGCUGGAUGUGUCUUACACCAGUGUCACUGCGCUGCCCUCCAAAGGCCUGGAGCACCUGAAGGAAUUGAUAGCAAGGAACACUUGGACUCUUAAGAAACUUCCACUUUCCAUGAGUUUCCUUCACCUCACACGGGCUGACCUUUCCUAUCCAAGCCACUGCUGUGCUUUUAAGAAUCAGAAGAAAAUCAGAGGAAUCCUUGAGUCCUUGAUGUGUAAUGGGAGCAGUAUCCAGAGCCUGCGUCACAGAAAAUCUGUGAAUGCCUUGAACGGCCCCUUCUACCAGGAGUAUGAAGAGAAUCUGGGUGACGGCAGUGUUGGGUACAAGGAAACGUCCAAGUUCCAGGAUGCCAGUGAAAACUCUCACUAUUAUGUCUUCUUUGAAGAACAAGAGGAUGAGAUCAUUGGUUUUGGCCAGGAGCUCAAAAACCCCCAGGAAGAGACCCUACAGGCCUUUGACAGCCAUUAUGACUACAUCGUGUGCGGGGACAAUGAAGACAUGGUGUGUACCCCCAAGUCAGAUGAGUUCAACCCCUGCGAAGACAUAAUGGGCUACAAGUUUCUGAGAAUUGUGGUGUGGUUUGUUAGUCUGCUGGCUCUCCUGGGCAAUGUCUUUGUCAUGUUUAUCCUCCUCACCAGCCACUACAAACUGACCGUCCCACGCUUCCUCAUGUGCAACUUGGCCUUUGCAGAUUUCUGCAUGGGUAUAUACCUGCUUCUCAUCGCCUCCGUAGACCUGUACACUCACUCUGAAUACUACAACCACGCCAUUGACUGGCAGACAGGUCCUGGGUGCAACACGGCUGGUUUCUUCACCGUCUUUGCCAGUGAGUUGUCCGUGUACACACUAACAGUCAUCACCCUGGAGCGCUGGUAUGCUAUCACCUUUGCUAUGCGCCUGGACAGGAAGAUCCGCCUCAGACACGCAUAUGCCGUCAUGAGUGGGGGCUGGGUCAGCUGCUUCCUUCUUGCCCUGCUCCCUUUGGUAGGAAUAAGUAGCUAUGCCAAGGUCAGCAUCUGCCUGCCCAUGGACACUGAGACCCCUCUUGCUCUGGCAUAUAUUGUUUUUGUUCUGUUGCUCAACAUAGUGGCCUUCGUCAUUGUCUGCUCCUGCUAUGUGAAGAUCUACAUCACGGUCCGAAAUCCCCAGUACAACCCAGGAGAAAAAGAUACCAAAAUUGCCAAGAGGAUGGCUGUGCUGAUCUUUACAGACUUCAUGUGCAUGGCCCCGAUCUCGUUCUUCACUCUAUCAGCACUGAUGAACAAGCCUCUCAUCACCGUUUCCAACUCCAAAAUCUUGCUGGUUCUCUUCUAUCCACUUAACUCCUGUGCCAAUCCAUUUCUCUAUGCUAUUUUCACCAAGGCCUUCCAGAGAGACGUGUUCAUCCUACUCAGCAAGUUUGGCAUCUGUAAACGACAGGCUCAGGCAUACCGGGGCCAGAGAGUUUCUCCAAAGAACAGCACUGGUAUUCAGGUUCAAAAGGUCACCCAGAACAUGAGGCAAAGUCUCCCCAACAUGCAAGAUGUCUAUGAACUGCUUGAAAACUCCCAUCUAACUCCAAAUAAGCAGGGCCAAAUCUCAGAAGGGUAUAAGCAAACAGUUUUGUAAGUUGACCCUACACUACUCGCAAUGGUAGGACUUAUGAAAGACUAGUUUCUUGAACACACAUUCCAAUCCCAUGACACACUCAAUACACAACUGCCCU